AUGGUAGCACCACGUAAUGGAGUGGUAGAAAUAGAAAAGACUCCCUCCAUUUGGAAUGAUUCUUGGAUGACCAAGUGGUGUCCUGCUCCAGGGUGUGAGUAUGCUGUUGAUUUGCUGGUGGUGGAAGCUUUGAUGUUUCCUGCCUCUUGCACAGAGGAAGCUCACCGUCCGGUGGACUGUGGAACUGUGUCGAAGUGGAUUUUGGAGAACGGUGCUGAGUCAGAAAACAUGAAUUGGAUACUUGCCAACUCCAAGCCUUGUCCAAAGUGCAAGCGUCCAAUUGAAAAAAACCAAGGGUGUAUGCACAGGACAUGCACGCCACCUUGUAAAUUUGAGUUUUGCCGGCUAUGCCUUGGUGCAUGGUCAGAUCAUGGUGAGGGGACUGGUGGAUGUCAAUAUAAUAUUUUGGGUGUUGCGGACAACUCAUCGUACUUGUCAAGGCAAAAAGCUCUUGCAGAUUUACAUCAAAUGCAAACUGUGCAUCUAGGAAUAUCCAUUUUAACUUCUGUUUUGGAUGCUUUUCGAAUAAUAUCUGGAGUUAACCGUGGAUUCAUGUAUUACUUACCUGGUGAAGCUGAGUUUGGCUUGCAAAGGCUUCAUCAAUGCGCAAAGAAGGUGCUACGAUAG